GGAGAAAAUCAUUGAAAACAAUGAUACCAAAGAGCUAUAGAAGGUGGCUGCCAGAGUGCAACAUAGAUAGAACGGUAUCUCUAACAACAAAGAGCAUUUUGAGAUGAUCUUUAUAGACAAAACGGGUGGUGAUAUACAUUUUGUUGUCCCAAUAACACAUAUGUCUCUGUUCGAUGAAAAAUUAGCAUUGGACUAUACUUACACAUUAUCCAACUUUAAGGUUCAGCCUAAUGUGUUGGAUUUCAAACCUUCUUCGCACAAAUUUAUGCUCAAGUUUACCGGAGGAAAGUCUGUUAGGCAUGAUAGCAAACAUGAAAUACCAUCGAAAUCCCUUGUGUUUACAAGUUUUUUUGAUAUAAUCACCGACAAGUUUUACAAGGAUGUGCCAGAUGUGAUUGGAAUGGUUGAGAGUAUUAGAUAUUCACAAACCCAGUCGGGUGCCAAAAAUAACAAGUUAAUAUGGUAUUAAGGGACAACAGAUUUGUAUAUCUACUUCUAACAUCACUCUUAUAUGAUAGAUGAUUUGAAUGUACAUUCCCUUCAUAUUUUAAACUAUUAUGAUGUAGUUUUUGUUUAGCAAUAACACUAUGAACUGCACCCUUUGGGAAUCGUAUCUUGACUAGUUCAUCAAGUUCAAUCAGGAUCGGGUCAACGCGUCUGGUCCGAUUAGUUUUUUGCUUAAGUAUGCCAAAGUCAAGGAAGAGGGUUAGCUGCUUUAUUUUGUUAUUAGUUAAUGAAUUAUUUUUUCCUACUCAAACUUGGAUGUUACUGUAUUAAUGUAGGGAAGUUUCCGCUGUCACUGACAAACACCUACAAUGUCACCAUGCUAUGCCUCGAUAAUGAUUUUCCUCCGAUGAAAGAGCUUAUAGACAUGUAAAUUUUCCCUAAUAACAAAUAUUGUGUCAUUGGU